UCAGAAUCUGCAGGGAAAAAAACAGUGAAAAAAUUACAUUGAAAUCCCUAAAACUCUCACUCUAUCCCUAGUGCCGUCUUCACCUUCCAUGUUUGUCCAAAUUUGCUCACAUAGCCUCACAUCAUCUUACAAGUUCCGUUCCAAUCACCUCACAUCACAUGGGUCUUCCCCAUUUAUUAAACUUCUAACUGAAUACACACAUGACUUCUCUAUAACCUGUUGCCCAACAUUUAACACAACCUAUUCAAACAUAAACCUAUCCACUUUCUCUCUCUGUAUUCACCCGUAAUAAUGGAUUACAUACAUUUCUUUCUAGUAGCAACAGCCACUCUAGGUUUCAUAUCCAUAUCCAAAUCUCUCUUCCAUUUCCUCACCUGGCUUUACGCCAUCUUAAUCCGCCCAACAAAGCAUCUCAAACACUACGGUUCAUGGGCCAUAAUCAGCGGCUCUACCGACGGGAUCGGCAAAUCCAUGGCUCUAGAGUUGGCAUCCAACGGACUCAACAUUCUCUUACUCGGCCGAAAUCCUCUCAAACUCGAAGCAACCUCAAAAGAGAUACUUAAUAAAUUCAGAACCGUCGAAGUUAAGUGUGUUGUUGUAGACUUACAGAACAAUACCGAAGAUGAAAUAAUGAGAAAAAUUGAAGAAGCUAUGGAUGGUUUAGAUGUUGGAAUCCUAGUUAACGGGGCUGGUGUAGCCUAUCCUUAUGCAAGAUAUUUUCAUGAGGUUGAUUUGGAUUUGAUGGAUUCUAUCAUUAAGGUUAACAUAGAAGGAGCAACUUUGGUUACAAAAGCUGUGAUUCCUAGUAUGAUUAAGAAGAAAAAAGGUGCUAUUGUUAACAUUGGUUCAGGUUCCACUGCGGAUAAAGUGGGAAAUAAAUGUCAUUCCCACUUUUUUUUUUAAUAAUGAUGGAUAUUUUUUUAAUUUUAUCCUUCAAUUAUUACUCUGUACACUACUUUCAAUAUAUUUAUAAGGUUAAUUUAGUAAAUA